GCUAUUAAUUUGAGUCAUGUCAAAGAAACUCGAGGUUAUGUCAAAGAAACCAUUAAUCGAAUAUUCAGAGCAAUUAGAAUCGUAUUUAAAAGAGCGUGGUAUAAAACAGGAAAAAAAUAUGCGUUAAAAUCCUUAAAUAAUAACUUAUAUUUUGAUCAUGAGACGUUCAAAAAAUUCAAGCAUGAGCUUGAGCUUCUGCACACUAUUGAUCAUACUAAUAUUAUCAAAUUCUUUGGAAUCUCACGAGGUGUGAUUUUAAGACCAUAUAUGAGUAAUGUUAAUGGUUGUAUCACAUCUUUCAUCGAUAAUAUUGAUCAAAGUGCACACCAAGAGCCUGUUAUUCCUUCGUGUUCUGAAGAUUCUAUUCCUUUGCAUCUUGAGGUCUCUAUUUUUCCACCUACUGAAGAUUCUGCUGAGGACUCUAUUUCUUCAAAUAUUGAGGACCCUAUUCUUUCACAUAUUAAAGACUCUAUUCCUUCGCAUCCUGAAGAUCCUAUUUCUUUACAUACCGAUGACUCUGCUCCUUCGUAUCCUGAGGACUCUAUUUCUUCACCUAUUGAGAACUCUAACCCUUCACCUAUUGAUGCUUUAAUCCUUCAUCUAUUGAGGACUUUAAUCCUUCACAUACUAACUCUAUUUCUUCACAUACUAAGGACUUUAUUUCUUCCGAAAAUGUCUGAAAAUUUGAUUUUUAACGAUGAUAACAAAGAUGUUAAUAAAUCUUCUGUUAAUCGAUGGAAAAUAUUCAUUGCCGUGUUUCUUGGAUGGACAUUUGAAGCUUUUGAUUACUUUAUCGUUUCCUUUGCUUUGCCACAUAUUGCUUCUGACAUUGGUGUGCAACCUUCCGACGUAGCUGCAAGUUUUAUGAUAGCAUUGGCUAUGCGCCCUAUUGGAGCGUUAAUCUUUGGCAUAUUAGCCGAUAGAUACGGCAGAAAAUAUCCACUUAUAGUCAAUAUCGUUUUAUGUUGUAUAUUUGGUAGUGUUUCUGGAUUUGCUCCAAAUUUAUAUACCUUUAUAGCAUUACGAGAUAUUUUUGGAAUAAUGAUAGGAGGCGAGUGGGGAAUAGGCGCAGCAUUAUUAAUGGAAAAUUUGCCAACAAAAUCUCGAGGAUUAUUUUCUGGAAUUUUCCAACAAGGCUAUUCAACUGGCUACAUUUUCGCUGCAUUAUUGUAUUAUGUAACAAUUGAUUCUCUGGGCUGGCGUGCAAUGUUCUGGAUAAGCUCUUCUCCU